AUGGCCGUCCAGACCCCCUGCCCCGCUAUCAAAGCCGCUCAGCAGAAGAAGGGCCUCUCCUACGGAGAGAUCGCUUCGAAGAUGGGCCAGUCUGAGAAGCACGUCGAAGACAUCUGCAGCGGCACAGAAGUCCCCACCAAGCAGGAGUUCGACCAACUUGGCAAGACGCUCGACAUCAUGCCUCCUCCCAACGACAAGGUCCACAAGACAAAAUGA